AUGUCGGUUCUCGAACCGUCCAUACCUCCUGCACAGCUACAUGCCGUGCCUUCACCGUCAAAGCUCACCUUCCAAGACCUACAUAUGCUCCAGGAUGUUCUGCUGGCGUAUAAACUGCCCCUAGCUGUUAUAGCGCAUGUGGAUCUCAAUGCCUUCUAUGCUCAAUGUGAACAGAUACGCCUUGGAAAGACCAUCGAUGACCCUGUGGUGUGUGCACAGUGGCAGUCUCUAAUUGCUGUUUCCUAUGCUGCCAGGAAAUUCGGCAUAGGACGUAUGGAUACUUUGCAAUCUGCUUUGGAGAAAUGUCCAGGUCUAGUGGUAGGCCAUGCUGCUGUAUUCAAGAAAGGAGACUCCCAUUGGCAGUAUCUCAAAGAAGCUCCCGACCAGGGAGUGCACAAGGUGUCGUUGGAUCCUUAUCGGAGAGAACUGAGGAAGAUCUUCAAGGUGCUACUGCGUGAGUGUGAUUCUGCUGAAAAGGCCAGUGUGGACGAGUGUUACUUGGACUUGAGCCGCAUGGUGCUACAAGAAGCGAGGAGCCGGUUUCCCGUUUUGGAUAGCGUUUUCGAGAAUUCCAAGAUGCAAGAGGCUCUACCGUCAGUUCCUGGUUUGGACGACCCAGGAUAUGAAGGAUUAGCCUGGCUGGGGAGGAUUUACGAGACUGAAACAGAGGCCAAGGCUGCAGAGCUUGACUUGCCGCAGGAGUCGUCCAAAAGAGAUAAUUGUGCUGUUCCUCCAGAAAUCAACGACUGGGAUGAUCUCUUUAUGCUCAUUGGAAGCAAACACCUCUGCAGAAUCCGCCGCUGUGUGUACGAUGAGCUUUCUUUCACGACAUCCGGGGGCUUGUCGUCUACCAAAACUAUCGCCAAGUUGGCUGGUGGUUUCAACAAACCUGACUUUCAAACAAUCAUACGACCUUCUGCAAUCUACAGUUUUCUCAAGAACUUCGAAUUGGCAGAUUUCACCCUCAUGGGCGGCAAAACCGGCGAAGUCAUCGUUGAAAAGCUCGGAGUUCCUCCAGAACAGAACAGUAUCACCUACAUCAGAGACAACUACACUCUACCUGAGAUCCGUCAGACCAUGCCAUCCGAUGAACUGCUUAUGGCGAAGGUCUAUGAGCUCGUGAGGGGCAUACAUCACCAAGAAAUGAAACCACGAACGGUAGUAAAAUCCAUGAUGUCGAGAAAGAACUUCCUACCGAGAAGGCCUGUCAAAACCUUAGCUGACGCCUUCGACUGGAUCAAGGUCUACAUCGGUGACUUGUACGGCCGCUUGAUUGAGCUUGACGACGAAAAUAUGAACUUGUCCAUGCUGCAGGGUGAUGGCAAAAAUCAACGGUAUAUUUAUAGGCCCCGUACGGCCAGUGUUCAAAUCACCACGCAGCUGUGGCUGAAGCAUUCCAGGCAAACUUCGUUCCCAGUUUUGAAAAGUCUAGAUAAGUUGCGGCAUUCCAUGGAAACGACGGGAUUCAGAUUGCUUGCCGAGCUUUUGGAUGGCACCAAGGCAGCAGAGAUGAAUCCGCUGAUCAAUUUCAAAGAGCUUCGGCUCAACGACAAGCAUGAUCUCUCCAAAAUAGAGAUUCCCUCUUUGGCAAAUAUGGGUUUUGUCAUCACUAACUUUGUGAAAACCUCCGAUGCCAAUUUGAUCGAUUCAUACGGUGGAUCCGGAGCUGCUGAAAUACCCACGCAAGAGGCAAUAAGGCAGGCCUUCGAAAAGGCCGAGGAAUAUAAGCCAAAACCUCCCCCACCGCCGCCUCCACCGAAAGUGAAAAAGAAGACUGACCUAUCCUAUGUCAAGAAGCUCUUUGAGGAUUAUCACAAGGAACUGGAGCACAAGGAGGUUGAGCCUCCGAAACCCGUGAAAGCCGUCUCUGAAUUUAAGGAGGAUAAGGAGUACGUCAAAAAGCUAUUCAAUGACUACAAACAAGCUAGUCCAGUUCCCAUCCAAGAGGCCGUUUCAAUUCAAAAAGCUGUUUCGAAAACCCCCUCUCGAUCUGCAUCGCCUGAGUCCGAGCAACCCAAAAAGCAGUCCGACCCGCUUCUCAAGGAGCUUAUCAAAAACAGAUUUUGCUCUCUUUGUGGUACUGCUGUGGAGGACGUAUUCGAACAUAAGGACUAUCAUGUCGCUAUGGAGCUUUCUCUGAAACUUAACGGAGACCAACCUGCGGCGCCGGCGCCAAUGGUCAAGACUCCACUGGUAUCACCAAAAAAGCCGAAAUCCAAAGGAAAGAAGAAACAAAAGCUUGAUAAGGGUCAGACCCGGGCAAACCAGAAGGAUAGCUAUUUUGAAAACCUGCUCCGGUCACAGGUAACCGAUGCUUUACACAUAUUCAAAGGACAGAAGUUUGUCAACAUACAUCCUGAAGAAAUCGGAGUGGCAACAAAGCUGCUCUAUUUCCUCUUGACUACCCUUAUCGGUGCCAGAACCUUGGGUGAGGAGUACGUGGAUCUUGUCUACGUCAACAGAACAGGUAAAAGACUCCCCAAGUUGUUGCCCAGGGUGGGCUUUAUUUUGCUGUAUGCAUUGUUGCCCUAUGUGGUGACGAAGAUCAUCAAGAAGCUAAAAUCUAGGUGGGGCUCGGAAGACUCAAAGAACGAACCCUGGUACAAGCAGCUACUCACGUCAUAUCCAAAGCUCUUGGAUACUAUCAUCAAUGUGCAUGUGGCGGUCUUCUACUUUGAAGGUUCGUUCUACUCCAUCUCCAAGCGUAUCUUUGGUCUUCGGUACGUUUUCGGUCACAACAAGGACCCCAAGAAGCUUCAGAAUACAGGAAACUACUCUGCUUUAGGUGUUAUUAUCUUGCUUCAGUUCGCCAUCAAGCUUCUCAUAAAACUCAAGGAGUACACUGACGAAAACAGCAAAUCAGAGGAGGAAAAGAAUCUCGCUAAAGCAGAUGCUGAAUCCCACGACAACUUCAAAAGAGUGCAGCAGCUAGAGAGUUUGAGACAGCAUUUUGACGACGACAUGGACGAAAAGAUCAACAUUGAUUUGAAUGACCCUAAGCAAUUGCCUUACCUCCCAGAGAGUGCAAGAAGCUGCAUGCUUUGCCUCUCGCCUAUGGUCAAUCCGUGUGCCGCCAAUUGUGGUCAUAUGUUCUGCUGGGAUUGCAUUGUCGACUGGACUCGUCAGCAUCCGGAAUGCCCGCUUUGCAGGCAGGUUUGCCUUGAGCAGAACCUCUUGCCGUUGCGGUGA